CGACACCCGUUAUUCCACCUAGCCAGAAAAGACCGUUACCCCACCCCACUUCGCCCUAGAGCAAAACUCCAUCCGUUUGCCUCCAGUAUGUGUAAACGAACAUUUCCGCUUCAAAAUGGAUUAACGCGCCACCUCAGAUACAUGCACAAUGUCACAUGCCCUGUCCCAGAGAGAAAACGCCCACGAGCCGACGAACCGAUACCACCAGAAGGAUCAGCAUUUCCCUAUGACAACUGUGAUAUGGUAGCGCGCUCUAAAACAGGUCUCAAAUCCCAUAUUAGAGCACGGCAUCCUGAGAACCCCACAAAAUACGCACCCAAAGUUCAACUCAUUCCUCAACCUGCUUCACUAAUGCUGUGA